GUUUCGCCUGAAUCUCCUAACUAAUAAUGACAGGCAGAGGCCAUUCCUUGAAAGGUGUAGCACAUUCAAAUCCCGAUAGUUCUUCCGACAGUCGACGGGGCAGAGGGCGAGGUACCCGUAGAUCGCAACUUCCGACGACAAGCCAUGCCGAUGAGCAAUCCGAAGAGCACGAAUUCAGAGAAGACGAGGAUCCAGAAUUUUUGAAUGAAGAUCACGAAGAUGAUACUUUGGUUGAAGGAGAUGAUAGAUCAGAUAUGGAUAAGAUUAAGCAAAUUCAACAACAAAAAAUGAUGAUUGUCACACCGAUGGCUCAGAAACGUACACGUGGCAGACCACCUAGACAGAGGACUUCAAGCCAAGCUCAGAUGCCUGACGAUCUCAUGGAUGAAGAGCUGAUGAGUCAAGAUUUGUUGGAAUCUGGCCCACUGGAAGGUCCGGGAUCGUCUGAUCGUAAGCCUGCGCCUCCUGUGCUGGUUGGACGAGGCUCGCGGGCUCGUAAUGCUCCGAAAAAGCUGAACGAUUUUGUGCAGCAUCACCAGUUAGCGAAUAAAAAGAUGCAAAUUCAAGAAAUUUCGAUUCCACUCCCACUUGCUCCAAAUGCGGGAAUUGAAGAUAAUAUAGAGCCACUUAUACCAAAUGAUGCUCACAUUGAGGAAGUUCGCCACGAAGUUGUUGAAAAAGAUGUUGUGAAAUCAGUGAUAGAACGUGAUCGAGAUGAAGAUCAAGAACAAGAACAUGCGUCGGUGGCCGAUCCAGCUGGUCCUCCUCCGGCACCAGCACACCUUGCGAACAAAGCCAAUAGUAGAGGCCGUCCAGCAAAUCCUAUUCCACCACAUCGACGUCCUGUGCCGAAAGAUCUUGUUCCUCCUGGCUUCCCGAGUUUGAAGCGAGCAAGUUCUCAGAGAGAUCCUACACCAAUUAAGAGGAAGGACACAAGGGAAGUCGCUGAAAAAGUGCAAGAAUCGCAUAGGGAUCCCGAGCCAAACGAUGCUCCACCUUCGCCACUUUCAAUGUCAGAAGUUCCAAUUGCUGCACAUCAAGUUGAGAUUGAAGAUGAAGUAGUGCAAUCUGGAUCUCCGAUUGAUAUAGUGACGGAAGUGGAAUCCAAUGAUGGUCCUCCACCAAUGCCACCGAUGCUCCUGCAGCAGCAAUCAUCUCAAGCUUCUUCGUCUACUGUACCAUCAGCUUCUCAAGGAGUUACCGUACCAUCCACUGCAUUAGAUGCCACAAAGAAAAAAGAGCGUGAAGCUGGAAAAGAUCUCCCAUCAGAACAUUUUCCAAAGGAGAAAGCUCGUCAUGUUUCCACAAGAGGACUACAUCCAUACGUAUCCGAUAAAUCUCAUAUUUAUGACGUACGAGAUCAAGUUCUUAUACAUCCUGAAGAUAUGGAACAACAAGAACAAGAUGCAAUUGCUCAGCAAAGAGUUUUGACUCUUCAGGGAGGAAAUUUCAUUGAAGAUCGUAUUGGUAGAUCUGAUUUAAUGGAAGAUGAAGAAAUGAAAAUGAUGAAAUCAAUACAACCACAGCAAUAUAUUGUGGAGGAAAAUGGAAUGAAUGUCGUUUAUGAAGUUGAUCCGAAUAGUGUUAUUGAAGAAGAAGAACAAGUAGAAAUUCAAGCAGCAGAGCAACAAGCUGAGCAAUAUGUGAUGGAUGAGCACAGUAAGCAAGGGGAGAUGGAAGAUGAAGAAGAUGACGAUCUUCCACCACAACUUGUCCCAGAAGGAGUACCAGAAGAUGCAGUUGGAGAUGAUGAACGUGACGAACAAUCACAAGAGAAAGGUCUGGCUGUUGAUGAGGAUGGUAAUUUCGACUUUAAUAUGAUGGACGAAGGUGAAAUGAUUCGAUUGCAAUCUCCUGGCGGAAGAGCACACGAAGUGCGUUUUGCUCGAGAUGUUCAUGGAAAUUCAGUGUUUAUUGAUGAGAAUGGGCAUAUUGUGGAACUGGUAACCGAUACAGGAGCACUUGUGGAGCCGCAUAAUAUGGUGGAGCAGGAACAGCAAGUGAUGCAGGAAGAGGUGGAACAAGAAGAUGUUAAGAAUAAACAACAGAUUCGACAACAUCAGCAGCAGCAACAGCAAGAAGUACCAGGCGGCCAAGAAGGAGCCGGCCCUGUGGAUCGUGGAAAUUUGGAAUUCAGCUUUCUGGACACGAAUAAUAUUUGCUGUGGCCUUUGUGGAGAAAUAGUUGUCUAUGAUAAACUUCUCACGGAGCAUCUUCCAACUGCUCACCCUGAAUAUCUUUCACCUGGAGUAGAACUUGAAGAAGUCCCGUACGACAGUUGGCUUAAAACACGCCUGAAACAAGAGUCAAAGAUGAUGGAGAACGGAUUUCGUCACUAUGAUGAUCACGAUGGUGGUGGAUUUGGUGGAGCUGUCAGACUCUACUCAAAAGGAAUUCGACAAAUGAGAAAAGUCAGUCAAAUUCGUGUAAAUGUCAAUGAGAUGACAUUGCCGCAACUGGAAGUUGCUCUGAAAAGAAAGCUCGUCGAGAAAAUGGGAAGAAAAGUUCCAGUUUCCCUGGUAGAUCGACUUCACGCAAGAUGUGAUAUCUGUCAAGCUGUGGUGUCAUUAAAUAAAAAAUUCGAAGUAAUACACCUCGUUCGUCACUUCAACGCGUGGCAUCCUGCAGAACAUCGAUGCUCUCAGGAUUGGCGGGAUCCGGGAUCAGCGACUACUAGCACUUCAAGACGUCCACUUUCACUGAGCGAUUUUUCUGUUGUUAGCACUGAAUCCGCCGAUCAAAAUAAUCUGCAAUGCAUUUGGUGUGGAAUGAUGAUGGAUCGAUCAGCGCUUGGAAUGCAUUUCUCAGAAGUUCAUGCUCAACAGAUUGCGGUGCCUAAUUGCUCGCUGUGCCUUCAGGAGAUGGUAAUGACUGCUCGAUUAAUGGAGAAAUACGGGGAAGACUUUGGAAUUAGUCUUCCAGAUGAAUUUCACCUUCAAUGUUCCAAACUAAAUGCGAAAUACAGCUCGGAGAAAGCUAUGGAUAAGGCUAUAGACAGACAUUUGAAAAGAGCGAAGCCUGGAGUUGAUCAACAUGAUCCAGAUGAUUCGCAUGAAGAUGCAGAAGCGAUCUGCACCACAAACAGUCAACAAUCAUUUGGUCGCCGCAAUCGUCUGAAGCGAAAGUUUGUAAAACCAUGCUUCCGACAAAUCUGUCCCAAUAAUUCAUCGUAUUUCGAACCAAAAUCUGCUUGUGAAUGGAAGUGCCGUCUCUGCAAUCGUAACGUUUACGGUGCUGUAAUCUCUGCUGGAGCUAUCAAGCACUAUAAAGAAUUCCAUCCAGCCGAAACGGAGCAUAUGCAAUAUGAACUUGUCAAAGCACGUUUAGAGCGAAUCGGUGAUGGAUCCAUGGAGUUUGUUCAUCCACAAUUGGUUGAAUGUCUGAUUUGUAAUCUAACAUAUGCUCUUCAUAAGCCUUUCAAUAUUUGUCGUGCUAUUCGCCAUCUUCGUCUCAAACAUCCUGAAGUGAUGCCUGAAACUGCUGGAAAGCCAAUCAGUGGCGCUGAAAUUUCUGAAACUACUGACCUUCAAACUACAAUCAGACGACCUAAUAUUCGAUUUGGUGACACUAUUACGGAUCCAAUUGAGCUGGAAAGAUUCCGAAAAGAUAAUUUCGAUCAGCAAUUUGACAAGGUCCAAAUUGUCUUUGGAAUCAAGAAAAACAACGAGCCAGCUUACAUUUUGCUUAUGGAAAAUGAGAAGAUGGAUUUAAAAAUGGCACAAGAAAUGGCUGGCAAAGUGCAAACAGAGGAAGAUACUUCACAAGAAAGUCGAUUCGAUAGAUUAGUUGGAAGAGAUGAAACUCCACAAUUCGAGGAAUCUGAACCAUCUACAAUGUUCCGCGAAGAAACCAAACCGAUGGCUCUUGAAUUCCCACAACAGAUUGUAGAAGAAGAAGUUGAAGAAAUGGAAGAAGUUCCAGUGGAGACUGAGUUCAUUCCAACAUAUGACGCCAAUAAUCCGGAUCAUGUGCUCAUUGAUGAAAAUGAAAUUAUGAACGACGGCAACUACGAGAUGAUCCAGGAGGGCGAGUAUCAAGAGAUUGAGGAAGAUAGAACUGUCCGUUACCUCACUGAAGAUGAAAUACGUGAAGCUCAGGCACGUGGAGAAAUACUCGAAUUCGAGGAAGGCGAGUAUGUCGAGGAAUAUGCCGUGCAGCAAUGAUAGUCAAUAACGACUUCUCAAUUUUUGUCAUAGAUUUUUAUUUGCUUUUUCUAAUCAUCAUUUCUUAUCCCCUGGGUUAUGAUAUUUUAAUAUCUAGUUUUUUCAUUCUUUUACUUUGUUCCAAAUUUGAAAUUCCUUUUAUGUUGACCUACAUUCUCCCAUCUUUUUUAUUACCGGUCCAGAAAGUGUUAAUGACACACAGCUGUCUACACUAUCUGGAACGGUAAUAUCGUGCCAAAGCGAUCGUUCCGUGAACACUGCAAUUCCGUACAGUCGGGACCCCUUUUGCAACUGUACACAGAUCGAUCGCUUUGUCGUUAAAAUAACCUAGUUACCAAUUCAAUACCCCAUCCAAUAUAUGAAUUUAAUUCAUGUUCU